AAGGUGGCAAACUGUACCGUGUGCGGUAUGGAGACGAAUGGACGUCAGUUACCCAAGCAUGUAGAACGAUGUUUUGUACGCUCAGAGAAACAAACAUCUUUCGGAACUGCCACUCCUGCUUCAUUCAAUCCUGACAAUCUGUUUUGUGAGGCUUAUAACAAACUGAACAAUACAUAUUGUAAACGAGUGCGAGUGAUUUGUGCUGAACACUACAAAGGGGAACUUGAAAAUGAAUUGCAGGUGUGUGCCUAUCCCAAAGCGUGGUCAGAGGGCAAAUCAUUAACGUUUGCCGAAAUGUUCGAGCAUGGAGCGGAUCUCCUCAAAGAUCAAGGAUUUUGCUGUGCCCCUCGUAAAGAAUGUACUCAGCAUCAUCGAUGGGUGCAAGUGUGUUUUCGUUGUUUUCCUAGAGAUUACAUUCGAAUUUACUUAUUCUCUCCAGGUCCUCGUUGUUUUUUAGCCGCCAGUGAUCGACAAAUGAGAUCGUUCAGUUUCUCUGUGUCUCCAAGCUCCAGCUGUUAUCUCAGUCUCGUCCGUCAUGGCAGUCGUGGUACACGUGGUGCAAUGACGAGCCAUUAUUUAUUGCAUUUAUGGCUGUUAUCAUGA